AUGUUGAAGAUGAGCCCCUCCUCUCUGUCCCCAGGCCAGAUCACGCGGAGCUGGCCUCCCUUUGGCCCAGAACUGGGAUCUAACAGCUCCGUGCAGAUCCCUGCCCCUGCCCACCAGCCGGUAAAGCAGAGCGGCCUGGUUCUUGGGACAAACAGUGGGCCUGGGUGGCAGGUCUGGGACGGCCGGUGGGCCUUGGUGCGCCCAAGGCUGCGCAGCGCACGUGCUUCACACGCCCCACCCAAACGGCGGCGCUUAUAUUCGGGUGAUUACGGGCUCUGGGCUCGCGUAGCCGCGAGUGCGCAUGCCCAGCGCCCAGGUCACGUGCUGCCUGUCAUGGCCGCCUCCGUGGCCUGGGGCGGGGUGAAUGCUGGGUUCCUGCUGCGGGCGGCCAGGGGCGCCUGGGCGAGCCGGCCCGGGGGCUUUUGGGGGCUCGGCGAGGCGGCGGCACCGGCGACAACCAGGACAUUCCGGGCGACAGGUUCGCGCCCGGCGGGGGAGGAGGAAGCCGGCGGCCCCGAGCGGCCCGGGGACGUGGUCAACGUGGUGUUCGUAGACCGGUCAGGCCAGCGGAUUCCGGUGAGCGGCAGAGUCGGGGACAAUGUCCUCCACCUGGCCCAGCGCCACGGGGUGGACCUGGAAGGGGCCUGUGAGGCGUCUCUGGCCUGCUCCACCUGCCACGUGUACGUGAGUGAGGACCACUUGGACCUUCUGCCGCCCCCUGAUGAGAGGGAGGACGACAUGCUGGACAUGGCGCCCCUGCUCCAGGAGAACUCCCGGCUGGGCUGCCAGAUCGUGCUGACCCCCGAGCUGGAAGGGGCUGAAUUCACUCUGCCCAAGAUCACCAGGAACUUCUACGUGGAUGGCCACGUCCCCAAGCCCCACUGACACGGGCAGCUGCCCCUUCUGGGACACCCAUGGCGCCACGGCCAGGACUGGAGGAAAGGCCACGUUGCGAGCCCAGCCCAGAGCACGGACAGGCCUGAGAGAGACGUCGGAAGCACCCAGGAGGCCACAGAGAUGUGUGUCCGGCUCUGGUGGGGACAGGGCCCCCGCUGGGGCCGCCUCCCCCAAGCUCCCGAGAAUGGGGGUGUGGCGAGCGGUGGAAUCCAAUGGGAGUGUCAAUAAAACUUCCUCACAGACCUCCA